CACUCGUAUUGCGUAGGUCUUCAGAGCAGAUUGACGCGAUAUUGAGAGUCAAAAUGACGAGUUCAUCAAACAACGACACAUUUCCAUCGAUUCUAGAGUUAAAUGUCGGCGGACAGUUGUAUACAACGGCGCUUUCGACGCUGGUUAAAGAGACCGACUCGUUAUUAGGGCAGAUGUUCAGCGGCAGUGCUAAGACGGGCGUUCAAAGAGACUCCCGUGGUCGUUAUUUCAUAGAUCGUGAUGGCAUACUGUUCCGUUAUAUUCUGGACUACCUUCGCAACAGUAAACUGGUGUUACCGGAAAAUUUUACUGAGAAGGAAAGGCUGAGGCAAGAGGCUGAAUUCUACAAGCUCGGCGGUUUAGUCAAGGCGAUUGCGAGAGACGGAGGAGCAGUAACGCAAACUGGCCGACCGACUUUAGCGCCAAUAAAUAACACACCGCAAAAUCAUGUUAACAGCGUUAAUGCAAAUGCGAUUGGUAAGACCCCUGCUUAUAUUACACUGGGGUACCGAGGAACGUUUGCAUUUGGUCGCGAUGGUCUAGCUGACGUCAAAUUUCGUAAAGUCACACGUAUUUUGGUAUGCGGAAAACAGAUGAUCUGCAAAGAGAUUUUCGGCGAAACAUUGAACGACAGCCGUGAUCCAGACCGCGUACACACCUCGGAUCGCUACUCUUCGCGCUACUUUCUGAAGCAUAACUAUCUGGAACAAGCCUUUGAUAUGCUUGCUGAGGGUGGUUUCCGUUUUGUUAGCUGUUGUGCAUCGGGGACGAGUACUAUUGUCGGCUCACCGGAAAGCGAAGAGAGCAAAUGGAAUCAUUAUAACGAAUUCGUAUUUCAACGAUCGUAG